AUGACACUUCCCAGGCACGAUGACACUCCCCAGAGGCAGGACAGGUUGUAUAGUCAGUGCAGCAGGCCUCUGGCCCCCUCUGGUGGAGAUUGUAAACUGUCCUGCAGCCAGACUGGGUGUCAGCCUAGCUACUGCUGUGUAAAGAACAAACAGGUCAUCGUCAUCGACAAGAUCAAACAAGCCAGUGUGGUGGAAAGGUGUGGGGCAUUGCAUAUAGAAGACUACCGGGGUGUGACCACCGUGGACCUGAUAAAGAGGGAGGGCAGCAGCCUGGGCCUCACCAUCUCCGGGGGGUCCGAUAAGGACGGCAAGCCCAGAGUGUCAAACCUACGGCCAGGUGGGCUAGCUGCCAGGAGUGACCAGCUGAAUGUGGGAGACUACAUCAAGUCUGUGAAUGGCAUCAACCUGUCCAAGCUCCGCCACGAUGAGAUCAUCAGCCUGCUGAAGAACAUAGGGGAACGUGUGGUGCUGGAAGUGGAGUACGAAUUACCUCCCUUUGUCCAGAAUGCUCCCUCGGGUGUCAUAUCUAAGACCAUAGAGGUGUGCCUAUACAAGGAGGGUAACAGCUUUGGAUUCGUCAUGAGAGGAGGGUUCCAUGAAGACUGGCACAGGUCUUGUCCUCUGGUAGUGACCUACGUACGGCCCGGGGGUCCUGCUGAUAGAGAGGGCACACUGAAGGCUGGUGACCGCGUGCUGAGCGUGGAUGGGAUGCCCUUAAACCGAGAGAAGCACGCUGACGCCCUCACUAUGCUGAUGCAGUGUAGCCAGGAAGCCCUGUUCCUGAUUGAGUAUGAUGUCUCCCUCAUGGAGUCAGUGCAGCAGGCCUCUGGCCCCCUACUGGUGGAGAUWGUGAACUGUCCUGCAGCCAGACUGGGUGUCAGCCUAGCUACUGCUGUGUACAAGAACAAACAGGUCAUCGUCAUCGACAAGAUCAAACAAGCCAGUGUGGUGGAAAGGUGUGGGGCAUUGCAUAUAGGUGAUCUCAUCCUGUCUAUAGAUGGGACCAGCACUGAGCACUGUUCAGUGAUGGAGGCCACACAGCUAUUGGCCCAAACCUCUGACAUUGUCAAAUUGGAGAUCCUUCCAGCCAAUCAGAGCAGACUUCCCGUGAGACCCCAAGACACAGUGAAAGUACAGAAAAGUAACCUUCACCACUGGGAGCCCACUGCCAACUACAGCCACACCCAACACUGCAAGACAUGGAGCAGUCCCAGCCACCAGCUCAACCAGCAGGACCACUGCAAAUCUCUGGUGUGUGGUGGCUUCUCCCCUUCCUCUACAGCCACCUCAGGGUACAGCAGCAGUCAGGGCAGCAGCACCCURCCCUGCCCCAUCCCCCCCGUCGCUCCCACAAGCCCCCACAGCACUACACACAAGAGAUGCCAGCGGAGUAAGGAGCACAAGAGCUCACUGUCCCUAUCAUCCAGCUCAGUGGGCCCUGGGGGUCAGGUUGUUCACGUGGAGACCAGCGAGGUCRUCCUGAGGGGGGAUCCACUCCUAGGGUUUGGGGUUCAGCUGCAGGGGGGUGUCUAUUCCACAGAGACCCUGUCCGCUCCCCCAGUCAUCCGCUUCAUCGAGCCCGACAGCCCUGCCGAAAGAUGUGGACUUCUGCAGGUGGGGGACAGACUCCUGUUAAUCAACAGAAUCCCUACAGAGGAUGGAACACUGGAGGAAGCCAAUCAACUACUGCGAAAUGCCGCUUUGGCCAAUAAGGUCACUCUGGAGGUCGAGUUUGAUGUAGCAGAAUCAGUGGUUCCAAGUAGUGGCACGUUCCAUGUGAAACUGCCCAAGAGGAGGGGAGUAGAACUUGGCAUCACAAUCAGUGCAAGCAAGAGACCCGAAAAAGCUCUCAUCAUCUCUGACAUCCGAAAAGGAAGCAUAGCCCACAGGACAGGCACKUUGGAGCCAGGGGACAGGCUGCUGGCCAUCGACAAYGUGCGUCUGGAGAACUGCACCAUGGAGGACGCCAUGCACGUGCUGCAGCAGGCAGAGGACAUGGUCAAGCUCCGGAUCCAGAAGGACGAGGAUAACGCUGAUGAGCUGGAGAUGUCUGGUUCCAUUAUCUACACAGUGGAGCUGAAGCGUUACAACGGCCCGCUGGGUAUUACCAUCUCAGGCACAGAGGAGCCUUUUGACCCUAUCGUCAUCUCAGGCCUCACCAAGAAGGGCCUGGCUGAACGGACUGGUGCCAUCCAUGUAGGGGACCGUGUCYUGGCCAUCAACUGUGUGAGUCUGAAGGGGAAACCCCUGAGUGAGGCCAUCCAUCUACUCCAGAUGGCCGGAGAGACUGUCACCCUUAAGAUCAAGAAACGCCAAGACGAAUCGGAUGGGCAGCAGAUGUCSGAGCAGGCAGGAUUCCUGAGCGACACAGAGGAUGAGCUGACUGACUCCCAGAAGACCAGUAAACACUCAGGGGUGUACUCUGCCACCGGGCCCAGCGUGUACUCUGCCAUGAGCUCCUGGGACGGUUCCGGCAUCGACACUGGCUACGGCAGCCAAGGAACGUAUCUCCACAGAGCUGCAGAUUUGACCUUCCAGCCUAACGAGUGGAGACGCACCAAACCGACCCGGACUCACCUCRCCUCCACUGGCCUUACCGCCCUUACCCACCACUCCCACCUCUACGAUGGGAGAUACGAUGAGGAUGACUGGGAUAAGGCUGCUGGAUACGCCAGCCCCCCUCGUUGCCAUGGCACCCUGAACCAGGAGAACACCUUCUGGUCCCAGGCCCUGCAGGACCUAGAGACCUGCGGCCAAUCAGAGAUACUUAGGGACCUGGAGGCGUCCAUGACAGGCAGCACUCUUAGCCUGUAUCUGGCGUCCCAGGAAGACUCAGUGCUACAGAGCASAAUCAGUCCUGUGAAGAGGGGUCCCAUCCAUGACGAGCCCAAAACCAAAGGCAACCUGCAGAGGUCCAACAGGACCAGGGACACACCCCCCAGAGGGAGAGGAGAGACCCAGGAGACAGCCCUGGAACUACUGAAGGUGACCCUGAGGAAGGACCCAGACCGUGGAGACUUUGGCUUCAGUGUGUCAGAUGGAUUCCUGGAGAAAGGCAUCUACGUCAACAUGAUCCGACCAGAUGGUCCUGCCAACCAGGUCGGGUUGAAACCCUAUGACCGCAUUCUGCAGGUGAACAGAGCGAGGACCAGAGACUUUGACUGCUGCCUGGCUGUUUCUCUCAUCACUGAAGCAGGAGACAGCUUGGACCUGGUCAUCAGCAGAAACUCCCUGGCACAGGCAGAUAAUGGGCCACCUCAGGACUGCGAGGACCCUUCUGACUCCCUGUUCAGCUUCCUACAUUAUAGGACCAAUAGUAUCGCCCUGUGACAAAGGUCCAGGGGGAGGUAAUGGAUAAUAGCACAUUCAAAUGGUGUUACACAUUAUACCAUGUGACAUGUAGGCACUGCACGUCUCACGCGCUGGUUUUGUUUUGUUAUAUCUCUUGUACAUACACACAGAAUCACAUUCACUUGUGAGAAUACAUGUGUAUGUGAAUAAACACACAGUCAGUCACUAAUUCACACUCCCACACACAUACAUUUGCUGUGACCAAUGUUAGUCAGUGUAUUCAUGUGAUCUAGAGCGGAGAAGGCUCAGUCAGGCUUCUGGGGCUGUUCGGGCAGAACCACAUGUAGUUAGGUAACAGCGUCUGACUCAGCCUGCUCAACUCGACAGAAAUCCCAGAGAAACAAACACCCACUUCCCUCUCAGAGAAGGUGUGUUCGGGAUACAGCACCACCACAGUGUUUUUUUUSUUUUUGUUCAACAAAAAGAAAAAUGAAAUGUGUGCAAUUGUGACACUCUGUGACCUCUUGCUGGGGAAUGGUGGAGUUGCACGUACACACACAUUUGACACACGAACGUGCGCACAUGUGGGUGUUCGAGGAGUCCAGGCAUGCUGUGCUGCACUAUUAUUUUAGCCAUGUCUUGGCUGGCUGCCCUUUCCUUCCCUUCAGCCCGGCCUGGCCAGCCAGCCCCCCUCACUGUUAGCGCCACAAAAUAGGUAGAAUACUAAGCUGGCAUUCACUGUUACUUGCCAAGUAUUGCAGACAUUUCUAUUUUAGAUACCCCACUCUCUGUCCUAAAGUCUAAAAUGUUUGUGAAAAUUGAUUUGGGUCCAAGUUUUAUGGCCGUCACGUGAAGACAAAUACUUACCAAGGCCUKUUUUUAUCACUCCUUUGUUGUUGCAGAAUGUUUCUUUCUCUUGUUACAUUUCUCACACCAUGUUAUUAGCUACUGGAUAGACUGAGCAGACAAUUGUCAUUCAUUACUUUUUGGGAUCAGCGUUUUUGUUUCAAGGUUCUUGUCAAUGGUUUUACGUAAUCGAGUUCACCAUAUUUCUGAAACCAAACCACACACCGUUUGUGCUUGUAUGCACUAGUAGGUCACCUAAAUCAGAUCCGUGCACUAGAAUUGACAUGCUUUAUCACUCAAUAUUUAAAUGUAUUAUACAACUAAUGGUGAUAAUGUCACAGUCUUUGUUUUUGAAAAGCUUUGUCACACUCUAAAGGAGUGUUCCUUGUCAUUAAAACAUAGUAUUCUGAUUAUGUUCCGGGAGCUCACUUUUCUCCUACACCUCUUUAAAAUUGUACCCUCAAUAUCAGCAUAUCUUGUGAGGCCAGGGGUUUUUCCUGACUAGAAAAACCUCAUGGCUUUAGUCCUAUGCAAACAUGUUUCAGAAGGCAUUACACCAGAGGUACUNNNNGUACAGUAUCAACUCUCAGGUGUACAGUAUCAACUCUCAGGUGUACAGUGGUUUCUCUACAAAAACCCUCAUAAGUGAAUCACAUCCCCUGACAAAUGUGGAACGAAAUACCUUUCAAUUGAGAUGAUGAAGGAUUUCCAUUUUAACCUUUUAAACCCAUUUUAAUGUAUCUGCUGAAUAUUAGCCCUCAACACUCCAUAGGGUAUGGACUUGGAUUAGAGAGUAUUUCCCCCAGCUUCCAUGGCUGUUUCUCCCUCCCAUCAUGGUAAGCAUAAACAUGUAGCUAUAGGAUUUAAUGUCCCACCCAUAGAAAGCUUGCAUUGUUCACAAGGGGGAAUUUUAAAGCUUUUCUCUGCUGAACAAUUGCCAUCUUCUGUCCUGCUCAGUCAGACAGAACCUUCUCCAGAGCUGUUCCCAUUUAAUCAUGCCAUUAUGUUUUUAUAAAGCUCUUACGUAACACGUCUCGCCCUGGCCUGCUUACCAAGUUGCCUCAGUGGAAAUACGAUUUGUUUCUUGUCAUGUAAUGGCUGGGGAAGAGAUGUGAGACAGAGUCAUGCUGUCCCGUUCAGGACUYAACUCACUGCUUUUUAAUCCUCAGAGAGGAAACAUGUUUUGAGAAUGUUUUUUAUGUUGCUCUCAAACUGUCAUACAUUUGAUACAGAUACCUAUUUUUGGUUCUAUUUUGUUUUAUUUGAGGUGGUUCUGAGUUUUAUUCAGUAAAGUCUGUACAACAUGGUCUCCCUUCCUAAGUACAGUGUUUUUAUUUGAACUGACGUUCUGCAUAUGUGGUUUUGUAUGUAAGAUGUGACUUAGUGCAGUAUCUGUUUUCUGUACAGUUCUUCUGUUUACAUUGUCCCCCAGCUGCAUCCAAGCAUAGCUAUUUAAGUGGUGGGGGGGCUGAAGGAAAUUGGUUUGUAAGAUGUUAUUGGAUUCUUGAGUGAGAGAUGUUUUUCCUGCUUUUUAUGAAAAUAAAGAUCUGAGGAAAGUC